AUGACCAACUCUUCGCCUCGCGUUCCGGGCACGCCGCCCAACACGCCCGCCUCUCGCCCCAGCGGUUCGUCCUCCUUCCCGGCCCCUUCCACCACGUCCUCGGCCUCGGCCUCGUCGUCGUCCAAGAAGAAGACCAAGGCGCCGCUCCGCCGCGGCAAGACGCGUAAGACCACCCAGUCCCGCCGCGGCACUACCCCCUCCCAAGCCCUGAAGUCGAGCUCGGACUCGGGCUCAUCGCGGGUGACCAAGACCACCAGCAACAAGACGACGACGACGAACCAGCAGAAGGAAAAGCAGAAGCAGAAGCAGGUCGCGCGGGCCACCAGCGCCGAGGCCAGCGACCUGCAGGACAUUCACGCGGCGAGCAUCCUCCUGCACUUGAAGAACGACAAGCGAGGCUAUCGCGGCGACACUACCGAGACUGCGUCCUCGUCGAGCAGUAGCAGCGGCGGCGGCAGCUCCGCCUCGGCCACCAAGACCAAGAAGAGCGGCGUCGCGAAGAAGAAGAAGGGACGUGCAGUGGCGGCGGCAGCAGCCGGAUCGUUGUCCUCGUCCGCGUCCUCGACUAACAAGAAGCGCAGUGCUCCGACGCAGUGGAAGGCGGAGCGACCCGCGAAGCGCGUGAAGGACGGCAGCGGCGGAUCGUCGGGCUACGACUCGGACCAGACGGAGCUGGACACAAACCGCGGAUGGGACUCGGAGUGA